AUGUUCAAACCUACUUCGCUGGUUGUCCUCGGCCUCUUCUCCUCCGCUGUCGCCCAACUGAACACCCUGGCCCAAGCUGCGGGCAAGAAGUACUUCGGAACGGCGACCGACAACCCCGAGCUGAGCAACACCAGCUAUGUCGCCCAACUACGAAACACUGCCGACUUCCACCAGCUUACUCCGGCGAAUAGCAUGAAAUGGGAUGCUACUGAACCUUCCCGAGGUAUCUUUACGUUCCAAGGAGGAGACCAGAUAGUUUCUCUGGCCGAGUUGAAUGGACAACUUGUUCGAGGUCUGUAUCAGGCCCGUUUCUUCCUCAUCAAAAGUUUAGGCUGGUUCACGCAGGUCACAACUGUGUCUGGCACAAUCAACUCCCUGACUGGGUCACCUCUGGCAGCUUUGACAAUGCAACCCUCUUGUCCAUUGUUGAAACCCAUUGUGGUACUCUCGUCCGUCAUUACAGCGGAAAAAUUCGUAGGCCUCCCUUGCACUCUGCUUAGCUGGGAUGUGAUCAAUGAGCCCUUUAACGACGAUGGCACGUUCCGCGAAAGUGUAUUCUUCAGCACGACUGGAACAUCCUACAUCACGACUGCGCUGAGAGCUGCUAGAGCAGCGGAUUCACAGGCGAAGCUUUAUAUCAAUGACUUCAACAUCGAAGGCCGCGGGCCAAAAUCCACAGCCAUGGCCCAGCUCGUUAAGCAGCUCCAGGCAGACCGCGUCCCAAUCGAUGGCAUAGGCAUCCAGGGCCACCUCAUCGUCGGCGAAGUCCCACCCACGUUCGCUCAGAACCUGCAAGACCUCGCUAGUCUUGGGGUAGAGGUUGCAAUCACAGAGCUGGACAUCCGCAUGACCCUGCCCGCGACUCCGGAGCUUCUCGCGCAGCAGAAGGCGGACUAUGAGACUGUUAUAGCUGCGUGCAAGGCUGUGGAUGGGUGUGUGGGGGUGACGUUGUGGGAUUGGACUGACAAGUUUUCGUGGGUUCCUGGAGCCUUCGCUGGCGAAGGUGUUGCAUGUCCUUGGGAUGAGAACUUCGUCAGGAAGCCAGCUUUCCAGGGUAUCGUUAUCGGAUGGGUCUUCUAA